CCUGGUGGACUAUUUGAAGAUGAAGAAAUUUCUGGGGUGUUCAUUAUCUUAUUAGCUAUUCCGUUUUCUUAUAACUUAAGGUAUCCUUUUGCGCGUCGGCGAUCGAGAACAGAAAGAUUCUUGAUUUAUAUCUUGAAAAAAAGUUUUCCUUUUGCUACCAAGAUUCUGGUUUGGAUUGAAAGCGUCAAAAGGGUGCGUUCAGGAUCCUUUAAAUUGUUCUGAAUGAUGUUGCUUUUUGAAGAUUCUAGCUUCUUUUUCUGAUCUUGAGGUGCCAUUUGCUUCCACCAUCUCUGCGGAUUAUGUGGUCUGCUCUGAGCAAAAUUUUCAAACGUCCCAACCAUAAAGUUACAGAUGGCCGAUAUGAUUGGAGAUAUAGAGCGGAUACGAUGGGCAAUCUUCAGUCGACUUCAUGGACUUCAUCGUCGGAGUUUGAAGAUAUAGACCAUGCUAUUGCAUUAUCUCUUUCAGAAGCAGAUCAGAAAGGAAAAGCUCCAGUUGGUCGGGAACCACAAUUUGAAGAAGAUGAAGUACUUGCUAGGGCUCUUCAGGAGAGCUUGAAUGCUGAGUCUCGACCAGUGUCGUGGAGUACAAAUUACGAUGGUGGAAAUGGAUAUGGAUACGGAUAUGGCAGCGAUAACCUUUACCAACCUAUAACUUUUCCCUAUUCUACAAGCUUCAGGAUCUGUGCUGGCUGUAACAUAGAGAUCGGCCAUGGAAGAUUUUUGAGUUGCAUGAGUGCUGUCUGGCACCCAGAAUGUUUUAGAUGCCGUGGAUGUAGCCAACCGAUAUCUGAUUACGAGUUUUCUGUGUCGCGGGGCCACGCAUAUCACAAAACUUGCUACAAGGAGUAUCAUCAUCCAAAAUGUGAUGUCUGCAGACACUUUAUUCCAACAAAUGCAGCUGGCCUUAUUGAAUACAGAGCACAUCCUUUUUGGUCCCAGAAAUACUGCCCCAGACAUGAGCACGAUGGAACUCCUCGAUGCUGUAGUUGUGAGCGAAUGGAGUCAUGGGACUCAAGAUUUGCUGCCCUUAGUGACUGUCGAAAGCUCUGCUUGGAGUGCCUCGAUUCUGCAAUUAUGGAUACGAAAGAGUAUCAGCCCCUUUUUCUUGAAAUACAAGAGUUCUUCAAAGGAUUAAAUAUGAAAUUGACACAGCAAGUUCCUUUGCUGUUGGUUGAGAAACAGGCACUGAAUAGUGCCAUGGGCGGCGAGAAGCAUGGGCAUCAUCACAUGCCUGAGACUCGAGGCCUUUGUCUGUCUGAGGAACAAACAGUCAGCACCAUAUUGCGGCGACCAAGGAUAGGAGCUGGAAACCGUGUCAGGACCGAGCCUUACAAAUUAACACGCCAUUGUGAAGUGACAGCAAUCCUCAUCUUAUAUGGUCUUCCCAGGUUGUUGACUGGAACGAUAUUAGCACAUGAAAUGAUGCAUGCUUGGCUGCGACUCAACGGUUAUCGAACUCUGAGACAAGACGUUGAAGAAGGUAUCUGUCAAGUCAUUGCCAGUAUGUGGUUGGAAUCUCAGAUCCUAUCCAUGUCUGAUAGCAACAGCGCGUCAACCUCAUCCUCCACUUUCACAUCACCGAACAAGGGGGGAAGAUCUCCAUUCGAGACGAAACUUAGCAAGUUCUUUAAACAACAGAUUGCAACGGAUACAUCUCCAGUAUAUGGAAACGGGUUUAGAGCCGGUCAUCAGGCAGUCGUGAGGUUCGGGCUACAGAGGACCCUGGACCACAUGAGGAAAACCGGAAACUUUCCUCAUUGAUGACAAAUUUGGACAAAUUAGAUUCCUGUUUUCUUCUUUUGUCUUCUUCUCAGAUUAUGGUUUUCUUGUCGAUUUUCAACCUGUGACCACCAUUUUUGUAGGAAAAAAAAUACAUGUCAGCACAAAAGUUUCCAGGGGAGGUUUGUGUAGUCACUCUUGUAUAGUUCGGGGUCUUAUACCAUUUCUUACAUAAAAUAAUAAAAUCACUCUCCUUUUUUUCUGUAUAGAA